ACAAAUAUCAAUCACCAAUAAUGAGUUCCAUGAAUCUUGGUCCCAAUUCUAUGUUGAACCAAACAAUCACAACCAAAAUCCAAACUAUCAUUCCCUUCCUAGCUAUUCCCAUUUUCUCAUCUACCAAUCAACAACAAACAAGAAACAAAUUGGUUUCUUCUUUUCCCUCUCUCAAACUCUCUGCAGUCCUCACUAAUACAAACAUAGUGAAAGACAAAAAAACCGAAGAAGAAACCAUACCCAAUUUCAAUUUUAAUUUCAAUGGCUACAUGCUUGAAAAAGCCAAUAUAGUGAACAAAGCAUUGGAUGAAGCAAUUGUACUACAAGAACCCGAGAAGAUUUACGAAGCUAUGCGAUACUCUCUCCUCGCUGGAGGAAAGCGUGUCCGUCCGGUACUCUGUAUUGCCGCCUGCGGACUUGUAGGCGGCAAAGAAGAAGCAUCAAUUCCAUCGGCAUGCGCUGUGGAAAUGAUCCACACCAUGUCGUUAAUCCAUGAUGAUCUACCGUGCAUGGAUAACGACGAUCUCAGACGAGGAAAGCCAACAAACCACAAAGUCUACGGUGAGGACGUAGCUGUCCUUGCCGGGGAUGCACUACUUUCCUUCGCGUUUGAACACGUGGCUGUUUCAACCAUAGGGGUCCCACCUGAAAGAAUUGUUAGAGCAAUUGCUGAGCUGGCAAAAGCUGUUGGAAAAGAAGGACUAGUUGCUGGACAAAUUGUUGAUUUGGAAUCAGAAGGAAAAUCAAACGUGGGAUUAGAGACACUAGAGUUUAUUCAUCUUCGUAAAACCGCGGCUUUAUUAGAAGCCGCGGUUGUUAUGGGAGCAAUAGUUGGUGGUGGCACUGAAGAUGAAAUUGAAAAAUUAAGGAAAUUUGCUAGGUAUAUUGGAUUAUUGUUUCAAGUUGUUGAUGACAUUCUUGAUGUUACUAAAUCAUCUGAGGAAUUAGGGAAAACUGCUGGGAAAGAUUUGACUGCUGAUAAAGCUACUUAUCCUAAGCUUUUGGGAUUGGAAAAAUCUAAGGAGUUUGCUGACAAAUUGAUUAAGGAUGCGCAUGAUUGUCUCAUUGGAUUUGAUGUUGAAAAGGCUGCUCCUUUAGUUGCUUUAACCAAUUAUAUUGCUUAUAGGCAAAAUUAAAGUUAUAGUUUUUAAUUUGUUUAGGAUAAAAAUAAAAUUGGCGUUAUGAAAACAUUGGAUGCAAGUAAGAUGCAGACACAAAAUGUUUGUACUAUCAUAUUGAAAUGUUUUUUUUUUUGUUUUUGUUUAGACCUAUCAAUACUUUUCUUUUC